AGGGGAAAAAAGAAUCGUGGAACGAUCAAUCUUCGUCCAUCUCUGUGUUGCGUUUCUGCUAAAGAUGGUGGGCGCCAAGCGAGGAUAUUGUUGCGUGAUAAACACACAUCGAGGUCGUUCGUGGUAUCGUAAUUGAAUGUCACUGGAAGAUUUCUGCGGUUUAAUGUUCCUCGACCCGCUCGAAAUUUCUCUCGUACAUUCGUACGGAUAAGCAUCUCGAGCCGAUUUGUUUGUGGCUCGUUCGAUUCGUCGUCGAUACAUAACCUUUUAAUGUGCGCGUUUAGAUCCUCCGUUCCUCGCGGUACACGUACGUUUUAGCGGAAAAUAAUCGCACCACGAAUAUCAUGGCGGACUCGUUGCACAAGGAUGGGUACGAAGCAUCCAGCUUGACAAUGCACACUAGCAGUAGCAUAAACUCGGACAGCGACAUGAAAUUGGAGCCGUCCAGUCCUACGGAAAAGUACACCUUCUCUCGUUGCGGUAGUACAGGCUCGGUCAACACACCGUCUUCCUCCGCUCAUAAUACAGAGGAUGAGGAUAGCGAUAAUAAAAACUCAACCAUAAGCUACAAGGAGCGCAGGAGGGAGGCUCACACUCAGGCCGAGCAAAAAAGACGGGAUGCUAUCAAGAAAGGCUACGACUCCCUGCAGGAUUUGGUCCCGACUUGCCAGCACACCGAUUCCUCAGGCUACAAGAUCUCCAAGGCCACUGUACUUCAGAAGUCCAUCGAUUACAUACAGUUUCUGUUGCAACAGAAGAAGAGGCAGGAGGAGGAGCGGAAGGCCCUCAGGAAAGACGUUGUGGGACUAGGCAUCAUGUUGGCAAACUACGAGCAGAUCGUCAAGGCUCAUCAGACGCAGCCAAGUCAUGCGGAAAUGCGGGUCUCGGACGAGAUGAAGUUUCAAGUGUUUCAGGCAAUAAUGGAUCGCCUCUUCCAAUCGUUCAACGACAUUUCCGUAGGCAAUUUUGGGGAAUUAUCCGCUUAUGUAUUCAGUUGGUUGGAGGAGCACUGUAAACCGCAGACUUUGCGUGAUGUAGUAGUUUCCGUGCUGGGACAGCUUAACACCAGUCAGAUCAGCUAGUCGACUGUGAAGGAGAUACACGUCGCACAAUGUUCCCCAAAAGGGUUUUAUUAAAUCCAUAUACUCAUAAAGAUUAUAUGGCGUGUUCCAUAUUUAAAGAAGCGAUGCCAAGAUUAUGAAACGGAGCAGUUCUUUUCUGUCUUUUUCCUAUCUAACUAGUAGCACUUUAUAAAUAAUUGAUUAAUAGCACAAUUUUGAAGUGGGGGGAGGAAGAUUUAUCCGAGGUAAAGUCCACGAGUAAGUAAACUCGGAAAGCUCGAAAUGAGAGACGUCGGUGAUUCUCAUGCUGUAUUUCCCGUGGUUUAAGUGGAAAUGUAAACUUGAACGAGAUCUUAUCGGGAUCAUCGGGACGUCGUAUCGAACACAUGUGAUAGUUGCUUUAUCGUAAUAUUGGCAUCGUGUAUUGUUCGUUACGCGAGCAUCGCUUGCGUGUUUUGUAAUAUUUGAUAUACAUACAGAAUAUACACCACCGUGUUUUUUUUGGCUCGCAAAAUUCUUCGGUCUCUUAUCGCAUUGCAGUCGGAUUUUCUUUGGCGGAAUUCUGAUUGACUGCCGCCAGUCGCCAAUGACGCAAUCUUGCAUCAUUGAAUUACAAAUAUCUCUGUAACACUUCUCGUGUAUUUAGAUACCGUUCGAGUCAGUUCCCCCCGUGGAAUCGCACGAGGAAGAAGGUUUGCCAUGUCCAUUCGCACUCCUUGCAACUCGCAACAAUUCCGAAACUUUCAGACUCAUUGUGAAAGUAUCAUAUUCUCGGCGGUGGUGGUCGAGAUCCUCUGUACACGAUCGGACCUUUAUCUUUAUGAUCGGAUCGAUGGACAUUUAGACCAAUCUUACGCGAAGUUACCAGAGAAGAGAGACAGACACGCAUGUCGCGUGCGUUACGGGUAUGUAAUGACUGCAUGGGAAAUACACAAAUGAAAGUUUAUUUUAUAUACAGCUGCGAGUGAGAGAGAGAGAUAGAAAGAAAGGAAGAAAGAGAGAGAUUAAAUAUAUUGGUAUACUGCCAACGGCGUAGGGAUCUCUUCGGGUCGCCGUCGGUGACACCGAUACCGAUGUUGAAUAUUUUUGUCAGAUCUUUUAUUGCGCAUACGUCGCGGCGAACAAAUAACGGCGUACAGUAUAUAUGUAUAUGUGUAGAGAGAUCUAUCUUAUUAUGUACAUAACAGGUUUAUAUAACAUAUAUUUACAAUGAACGAAUGUGUACGACCAA